AUGUGCUCCCGUCAGGACAAGGACCAGUGCCACAAGCAGGAGCGCUACACCCGCCAGAGCAGCGGCGGCUGCCAUGGGAGUGGCGGCGGCUGUCACAGCUCCGGUGGUGGCGGCUGUCACAGCUCCGGCGGUGGCGGCGGCUGUCACAGCAGCGGCGGCGGCGGUGGUUGUCACAGCUCCGGUGGCGGCGGUGGUUGUCACAGCUCCGGUGGCGGUGGUGGCUGUCACAGCUCCGGCGGUGGUGGCUGCCACAGCAGCGGUGGCUCCGGCUGCCAUGGGAAGCCACAGGUCCAGUGCCAGCAGCAGCAGCAGCAGCAGGUCCACCAGCUGCCCUCACAGAAGCUGAAGUGAUGCGGUGUCCCACAUGCCUCAGCUCCAGCAGCAAAGGCCACGCAUGGACCAGCUCCCUCCGGCCUCCCCAAAG